UAGUACCAAUGUUGAGGUUAGGUUUUCUUCUUUGUUAUGUUUCCCCAUUUUAAUUUUAAACAAGCUUAAUGUAUAGAUUGUAUGUCAAUGUUGAGAGCUAGUUUUUCGUGGAUUUCUGGACAUAAACGGUUUUAAUAUUCAGGAAAUAUCAAAAACCUCUUGUUAAGAUUGCAGCAUAUUGGCACUGUACACUAACUAGGCCUUGGCUGAAGUUAGGAUAUAAUUGUGUGUGAUAGAUAAAUGGUGGAAGUAUGGUUUAUUGACCAAUUUUUAAAAGCCAAGUUAAUUAUUAUUGAAAUAAUGUUAUAUUUGCGGAGAAGAAAGGUUAUAGUUGUAGGUUUUAUUAUAUUCUUUGUUUUGGUUUACAUGGGAGUGUUUACACAUUUGUUUGAAAGGGAUUUUUAUACCGAAUUUGAAUAUCCCUUAGAAGGUGAUGUAUCUGUAUAUGUGCAAGAAAUGCGCGAUGGACAUAAACCGUCUCAUGAACCUAUCAACGAAUACAAUUUUCCCUUUAUCCAUGACUGUAAGUUCAAGUGCAGCAAUGAAAUUACUCCAUUACGAGUUGUUUACUUAGUAAAAUCAGCAUUAAAACAUUUCAAUAAUCGAUUAGCUAUUAGAAACUCAUGGGGAUUUGAGAAAAGAUUUUCCGAUGUACCUAUUCGUACAGUGUUUGUUCUUGGUGCGGACAACAGUGAUGAAAAACUGCAAGCUAAAAUUAAUGAAGAAAGUAAAAAAUUUGGUGACAUCGUUCAAGCAAAUUUUACAGACGCCUAUUUCAACAACACUAUUAAAACCAUGAUAGCUUUUAAGUGGGCUGUUACAUUUUGUAACAAUUCAAAAUUUUACUUUUUUGUUGAUGAUGACUUUUAUGUGUCCACAAGAAAUGUUUUGCAGUUUUUAAGAAAUCCUGUUCAUUAUCCUGCUUAUUUAGAAACUCCAAUCGACUCUAUAGAUUCAAAGUCAGGAAAAACGAACACAAGAGAUAUACUGAACAAGCCUUAUGAUAAUCCUCAAUCUGCAACUAUGAAAACAAGAAAGCUUUCCCAAGUUAUGGACUUUGAACUUCCUGAAAAAGUCAAGCUUUUUACAGGAUACGUAUUUGUUUCCUCUCCUCACAGACACAGGUCAGGUACGUGGUAUGUUUCUCUGGAUGAGUAUCCAUUCCAUCUGUGGCCUCCCUAUGUCACGGCUGGUGCGUAUGUUGUUUCCAAGGAAGUUUUAUUGGAUCUAUACUAUGGCAGCUUAUUCACAAAGCACUUCAGAUUCGACGACAUAUUUGUGGGAUUAGUUGCCUAUAAGUUACACAUUGAACCUUUGCAUUGUGACGAGUUUUACUUUUACAAGAAAGAGUAUAGUGUUCAUAAUUACCAUUAUGUUGUGGCUUCACAUGGUUACAAUGACCCGAACGAGCUUCUCAAAGUCUGGAAUGAACAAAGAUCUAUCGGAAAUGCUUAGGUAAGCCUCCUGUGUUCAUAAUUUUGCCAAAACUACCAGAAAUCAAACAUUCUUUUCUUCUAGAUGGGUUCAAAGUUUAAUCUAGCCCAUGAAUUCAAAUUGAUACUAAGUUAUCAUUAUCCAUAUUAUUUGCAAAUUUAGUUUGUAAAUUAAUUAUGAUCUUUGCUUUUCCCACUGUAAACUAGACCAAUAUAGGCUAAUAUUAUGAUAGGCUUAAAGAAAGUAACCUACACUGUAAGCUUGCACUCUCCAGCUGAUUAUCUCCCCUAUUUACAAUGCUUACAAAAGUAAUUAGUUAUUUGUUUAACCAAUGAAUACAAACCAUUUAGGAAGCAAAAUUUUUAUGGAGAUACUCUACCUCUCUCUCUAAGCCAAUUCUUUGUACCACUCAGUCAGCUUACUUGGCCGUGCACUCACGAUAGUUUACUAGCGGCCGCUGCAGGAACUGUCCAAAAUUCAAAUAUUUCCAGACUGAAUAUUUUACAAAGGCAUUUCUUAUAUUUUUUAUAGCCUAUUCAUUGGUCUAACGGACAUAUAAACUAAUUUUUUUUAUGCUCAUUUUGUCAUCCCAAGAAGCAAUAGUCACGUUUAAGCUACUGUCAGGCUACUUUAGGUCUUGUGCCUUAACAAAGACUUGGUCUGAGUAAUGUUACUCCAAAUAAUGUUUGUAGAGCUGCAUGGAGUGUCAUUUAAACUUAUUACCAUAAUUUAUGAAUAUACAAUACAAAAAUAUGCUUUGCAUUUAGGCCUAAUGUUAUAUUUUACAAAGAGUUUUGAACAAUAAUAAUUAACACAUGGUUUUAAUGAUUAAUUGCUUCAGGUAGGCUAAUCACAGAGCAUAGAAUAAAUAUAGAGCCGCCACUCCUAUACCUACAGCUAUACCAGUAGUGAAGCCGAUUUCCGCCAUCUUGGUAAGAGAGUCGGGCUUGGAACUUUGAAAACACGGCGUCAUUACCACUGUGUUAUUCUAUGCUACUUUAUGAAUUAAAUGAAGCUACCGCUUUGAGGAUACAUAUAGAACUAUCCGCCCUUCGAUAUUGACCUAGGACUCUGCCCCGUGGGCUUUCAAAGUUCUGAGGUGAGAGUUUUAAAAGUAAAUAUUGAUUAGUGGUUUCCAUGGUAACAAUAUAAUGGUUUAAAUGUAAAUGCAGACCGGGCCGGCCGCCAUCUUGGUACGAGAAGCCUGCUUCACUCCAGACGGCAAGUGCCGCCUCUAUAUUUAUUCUAUGCUCUGUGCAGGUAAUGAACAAAUGAUUUGAUUUUAUAUUGAUUAUCCUUGUUGAAUAUUUUAUUUAAUGUUUUCCUUUUCUUAAAGUACUGUAAUUACGGAUGUUUACACAUUUACUUUUAAUGUAAUUUUUGUAGAUCUAAGGUCUGAUGUAACACAAUGAACACAUUUGUGAUGGUAAAAUUUCAUCAAAUUUGCAAUACAAUUACUUUUUAACAAUAGGCCUAUUUAGUUAAGAUAUAGAUUAUUCAGCCCAUGGAUACGGCCCCACAGGCGUUUUUUCACACACUAAUGCAGCGUGAAAACACAUUAGAGAAAUAUGAGCAGCAUUAAAUGUAAUGUGGUACUGCCAUAUGCAGCGUGUUUUCCCACAGUAGCAUGUCUUCAAGGUCGUCCACCGCGGGCUGGGGAAUGACCUGUGGUCCAUUUUUGAAGGUUUUUUAUGCUUAUUCCCUGGCCAAAAAGCGAGGGAGUCAACAAAGUCAAAAUUUUUUUUCAGAAAAGCGUAAAAUAUUUUUGGGUUAGGCCUACUAUACACGUUUCGGUCCCAAACAUGUCAACCUUACUGAAAGAACUCAAUAGUUUGUUACGACAAUGACAGAAAUUUACCAAAACUAGGCUACUUAAAGAAUUUGAAAAGGCAUUGUGCAAGUAAAAGCAAAAAUAACAAGUGAUCAAACUCUCACUAUGACCAACAUGAAACAUUAAUCCCAGCAACAGAUGCAAGUCCCACAUGGUUAGGAGCUUGCUUAGCACAUCUAUCUAUCUAUCUAUAUAUUAAUAGGCAAGCAUGUUUCUUUAAAACCUUUUUUCUCAGCUCGUGUGUAUCGUAGGGAAAAUCUACGCAUACCGUUAGAAAGCUAUUUUCCUGUAGGUGUGCAGAAUCCCUUUAUAAAUUAAAAUAGGCUCAAAAAUAAGCACAAAAAAUGAAUUUGAAAUUUAAAAAAAUUAACAUGGGUCUUA